GCCACAACAAUCAUUGUUUCCAAAACUAAAAAGAAAACAAAAUGAAGCAAGCCAGGCUUAUCCUGCUACUAGGGGCUAGACACUCAUACACACACCUCCGCGCGCGCAUGAAGAAGUAUGAGAAACGGGGGCGCUUGCUAAGUGAACAUGGAAGCCAUAGAGGCAUAGGAGUAUGUAUGUGUGUCUACAUCACCACACACGGGACUGACCAAAAAUCAGCAGUCUCAAUCUCAACGACAUACACAAACCCUCAAACCGCACCACAGCGCACAGCACGAAACGAUCUCGGGACAAGAAACCGCAUACAUACGUACAUACACGCCUACGUUGCGCGACCAUACAACCAGAACGAACCAAACCCCUAACCCCGACCCUCCACCCAGCCCAUCCCAUCCUAGCCAUUGCAAACUAAGCCAAGCCAACUUCCCCGAUCAACUAACC